AUGACGACUGCGCAAGAGAUCUUAGCUGAUGUGAAACCAUAUUUAUGCAGCCUAGAAGAUUUCGAUCUUGUCAAAAAGAUUGGCGAGGGCGCUUUCGGACUUGUUUAUCUCGGAAUUCACAAAAGAACGGGCUUAAAGUGUGCUGUGAAGAAAUUAAUCACUGACGAGCUUGAAGGUAAUGAACUCGUGUACUUUUGUCGCGAAGUUAAAAUUCUUGCUUGCUGCCAUUCCUAUUUUUUAGUCCCAUUAUUAGGAUUUACUUACACAUCUCCUUAUUUAAUCAUAACAGAAUUUAUUGAAUGCGGAACACUAUUCUCAGCUUUACAUCAUAAACCAGGUUCUCCAAAUCUUACAAAUACAGAAAAAUGCGUCAUUGCGAUGUGUAUUGCACAUGGAAUGAUGAAUCUUCACAAAAUGAAAAUCAUACAUAGAGACCUUAAAUCUCUUAAUAUUCUCUUAGACAAUAGACAUCUUCCAAAAGUUAUUGAUUUCGGUAUCGCGCGUUUUAAAGAUGAUUCAACGAAUUUAGUAACACAACAAAUAGGUACAACACAAUGGAUGGCUCCUGAGCAAUUGAUGACAGCUACAUAUACAAAUAAAGUCGAUGUAUACGCAUAUGGAGUUCUUUUAUGGGAAAUUGUAUCAGAAGAUAUACCAUUUAGAGGUUUUACAGGCGUGCAGAUUGCAAUUCAAGUCGCAGAAAGAAAUUCUCGACCAAAAAUUACAGAUAAUUGUCCGAAAAAGCUGAGACAGCUUAUAGAACUCUGCUGGCAUAGAGACCCAGAGAAAAGACCAUCAUUCAAACAAAUCUUUCAUUCAUUUGCUACUCAUAAAGUCGAAUUUCCAGAAACAGAUCCAAAUUACGUUGACGAGAUAGUUCAAUUCAUUAACCAAGUUGAGAACAGCAAACAAGAAGAUUUGUACGCUCCUCUUUCAACAAGAAUGCCAAUUCCUCCUGAACAAUUAAAUCAAAUCAGAAUGCAAAGCGAAAACUCCGAACAACAACAGCAACAAAUACAGCCACAAACAGCAGCAUUACAUACACCACCUCCUCCUUACCAAGGACCUUCAAUGCAAGUAAAUAAUCAAGAAAUGCUCAGAAAUCCAUUGGCUCCACUAAUGGUGCCCGCUCCUGUGAUUAAUAAUAGCAGUAUUGUACUUCCUACGAAUAACAAUCCAACUUUAAUAGAAGAUAACGACUCAGAUUCGGAUUCUGACGAAGAAGAGGACGAUCUUGAGUACAGUAGGUCUAUAUUUGAUGGAUUAGAUAAAAUCAAUAAGAAUAAUGUCCUACAGUUCUAUGAUUCCAUAAAACAAAAUUUUGAAUUUUCUCCAUCCGCCAAAAAACGCAAAAUCUGCGUCGAAGCAAUUUGCAAACUAGCUGAACGUGAUCCAGACCUGAUGAAUCCUCUAACAGAUAUACAUAUUUUCGAAAUUUUACCUUAUGAUAAUUCGAAAUUGUUUGUUUACUUAUCCAGAAUCGUUUCGGCAAUGAUGUCCGUGAAGCCAAGUGCGAUAACACCAGAACUAUCCCAGAAAAUUGCACAAAUGGCCGACAAAAACACCGCAGAAGUUUUACAUUUGUUUUCCAAGUUCGCUUUGAUCGCCAACAAGCACAAACAGGCCUUCCAAAUUAUCAGUCCGUUCCUUGCUGUCUCUUCGAGCUAUUUAAACCGCGGAUUUACCCAAGAUUUCGUCAGAAUCCUCGUUUACCUUCUAAACAUCAACAGCGCCUUCGCCGCCGAAUACAGAACAUACACAUCCGAUCUGUUUAAGCAUCUCCUGAAGUUUGGCUCUUCAGAAGAUAUCAAAUUUGUAUUUGACUGCUUAACUCAGCUCGGAAACGUCCUUCCACCCGUACAACCCGAUAUCCUCGAAGCGCACAUGAAAUCAGAGCAUUUACACUCACUUCUCCUCUACAUUAUCAAAAAUUCAAUUAAACCGUCGGGAGAAAUGAUUUCGACACUUUUACAAUUGUCAUUGACAGACAAUUAUGCUCUAUGUGCUAUAUGUUCUAUAGCUGAGAAUCCUGCCGGUGCCGUUUUGAUUCUUAUGAACAAACAAUGGCUUGAUCCAAGUUACGACACAAUUUGUGCCCUGAAAAUUUUCUUGUCAAUUUUAGUUGUUCCAGCGAUGAGGCCAGCCAUUUCUGAGUUGGAAGGAAUACCAGAGUUAUUGACGAGAGUAAGCAAAUCUAAUGUUCCUGAACUACUUAUUUUGAUUUCUUCUGUUUUCGGAAAAAUGAGUAUUACAUCGAAUUUUGUUGAAAAACUUUCUUCUUCAACAUUUACUUCGACGUAUUUGCAGGCAACUGUUGUAACUUCUAGAGCGGAUUUGGUACACGCGGGAUUAGUUGUUGGAGCGGAAAUUGCUAAAGGAGCUUUCUGUCCUGAACUUGUAACUCUCUGCCAAGUUGUGAAUCAUUUUGUUGUGAAUCAAUGCGACGCAACAGAAAAAGCUGUUUUGACUGCGGCUGUUUUGAUGAACUACAGCGAGUGUAGACAGGCUUUCGUCAACUACGGACUGAAGAAUGGAAUUGUUAAUGCUGCGGUUAGUCCUCAAUAUGAAUCUAUUAAGAAUGAUAUUAUUGCUCAAUUAUCUGCACUUUAA